GAUGCAGAGUCAACUCAUCGACAACAUCACUCUGGCACUUGAUGCAGUGUCACCCUUUUUUUAAGUGGCAGUGCUCUGCAUGCCACGCGACGAUGGGGGGCAUUGGUAAGGCGUUUCCCCUGAAACGUUGUGCGGUGCAGUAAGAGGAUCUCGUACAGCGUGGGAGAAGUGGACCGGGCGUUUUGCUUUUCGAAUUUUUCUUACCUGUUGAAUCAAAAAAAAAAAUGAAGAAAUUCCUCCAGAAUAAGAAAGGGAGAUACUCCUUACGGCAGAACAAACCGGGUCCUCGGUAUCCACCCAAAGAUUUUUUCCUCACCAUGCCAGCGUCCAACCAGGGCUGGCCAGAGGAGUUUGGUUUUCAGAUAGGAGGCAAUGGGCCCAGCUACAUCCUGACUGUGGAGGACGGAAGCAGUGCUCAUUUGUCUGGACUGCAACCUGGAGACCAGGUCUUGGAGAUCGAGGGCCAGAACGUUUCCAGUCUUAGUGCUCAAGAGGUCAUUGCCCUUGCCCAAUCACAACGAAACAUCCCGCCCAGUAUUGGAGUAGUUUCACGCAUCCAGCAGAUGGAUAUCACUCCGGGCCCUGACGGUCGCUUCGGUUUCACUAUCGUGGGAGACUGCCCCCUGCUGGUGGAGGAUUGCUCCCCCUGCUCCCCAGCGGGUCGCAGUGGUCUCAGAGCAGGAGAUUAUGUCAUGGAGGUGAAUGGGAUCCCAGUGAAGCACCAUGAGAUGGCGGCCGCUUUGAUAAAGGCCUCUCAGGGCCGCACGCUGCGUCUUGGGGUGCUGUGUAUGGGCAGUCGCCAGAAACGAAGCAGCGGGAGUCUGGAGGGCUCUCAGAAAGACACAGACGGCUUGCGCCAAGACCGCAAACACAAGGCUCUGGAGUUCAAUAGGAGGGUCGAGGAGAUUUUGAGGAAUGAACCAGAGGUGAAAGAGAAACUGUUUGCUGUACUGAAACAGUUUGCUGCUGAGAGGAAGGUGGACUGGCUUGCUUCCAUUCUUCCCGACAUCUUGACAACCGAAGAGCAGCAACAGCUCAUCUCAAACAUCAGGAUCUUCAUCCCCAAGAAGCAUCGGCAGCGCUUUGACGAGGCCGUUUCUCAGAGUCUCAUCAACCGCAUGUGCCGCAGCAAGAGCCUGGGCGAGCCCCAAAACAGACUCCGCCGAAGCCGAAGUCAAGACCACCAUGAGCGUCCGCAAGGCUCCAAACGGGCCAGUUCUGUGCCCAGAGAUACCGGCGAUGACCCGGCCCAACCCGAGCGUGGCCUUAGGAAGAGCACCACCAUGAUUCCCAGCCACUAUGUCACUGGAGCCAACCAGAGAACCAUCCGUGUGUACAGGGGUAAGAAGAGUUUUGGGUUUACUCUGAGAGGUCACGCUCCUGUGUGGAUCGACUCAGUAAUGCCAGGUAGUCCAGCCGAGGGAUGUGGCCUUAAACCAGGAGACCGCAUAUUGUACCUCAAUGGCCUAGACAUGAGGAACUGCUCCCAUGAGAAGGUGGUGUCUAUGCUGCAGGGCAGCGGUGCCAUGCCCACUCUGGUGGUGGAAGAGGGCCCUGUAGAUUAUCCCCUCUCAGAUUCCGAGCCGGAGGAGACCCCCACCAUCCCGCGCUCGCGCUCCCCGGCCCUCAGCUCCCUGCAGUGGGUGGCCGAGAUCCUGCCUCCCAGCAUCCGCGUGCACGGCCGUACCUUCAGCCAGCAACUCGAACACCUCCUCACCCUGCAAGAAAGAUACACCAUUUGCAAAGCUCUGGAGACCUUCUUCCAGCACAGGAAUGUGGACACGCUCAUUGUAGAUGUGUUUCCUGUGCUGGACACUCCGGCCAAGCAGUUGAUUUGGCAGUUUAUUUACCAGCUGCUGACCUACGAGGAACAGGAACACUGCAAGAGCAAGAUCGCCCGCUUCCUGGGCUUCAAGAGUGCAGAACCAGAGAUAGGUCCAGAAACCCACAGACGGAGCAGCUCCAUGCGAGUGUCAGGUACCUCUCACAAAAACCCUGUGAGAGAGAGAAGCUCAGACGACUGCAUUAUUGGCACUCACCUGGGAAUGGGAACAUUCACUGACCCUGUGACUCCAGAGGAAAGACAGUGUGGGGAUGGGACUUCCUUCCCAGAGUCCCCAGAUCUCAGCCACAUGUCAGGAGUGUACACGGAGCUUGAGAACAUGUUUCCCGGGAAGAGCAACCAGUCUCUCCAGAGUCACUCCUCACCCAGGGCUGUCGGCAUGGGCCACUCUGAGAACAAUACAUACACUCAGUCUUUCACACACAGUAACGCAGGGAACCGGAAGCCAGGCCUCUCUCUUACAUGGACUGAAUCUUUUCCUGGCCCUCAGUUCGAGCCUUACCAGCAGACUGUUGCUUCUCCAGACAGUGUGGACUCUAAUCCUUAUGUUAGUUUAGACAGCCCCCCGGCCUCCCCUCUGCCUUCUGAUGAACCCAGUCCUCUGCCCCAGCGCAGGAAGCUCUUCACCUUCUCACGUCCACCUCGCAGCCGAGACACUGACAAGUUUCUGGAUGCUCUGAGCGAGCAGCUGGGACACCGGGUCAAUAUCGUGGAUGACUUUAAGGGAGGGGAGAAUGACUAUGAAGAGAUGAGUUUCCAGGAUGAGCAGGAAGUGAACAUGCUGCCUCACGAGUUAAGCAGUGCCAGCAGUGAAGACCACAGUAGCAGCGAUGACUCCACCUCGGUCUCCUACUCCUCAGGGUCUGACCACAUCCCUCCUCCACCUCAGAGUCCUCCGCCUCCACCACCUCCCAUCCAGUUCACCGACCCACCCUCGCCCCUUCCCCUCACCCCAGAGCACCUGCCCCAGCCUCCCCCAGCCUUCCAGCACCACCCCAUCAUAGCUCCGCCCCCACCUCCACCUCGCUCCUUCCUCACUAACCGCCCCUCAUUGCACAAGGUGCUCCCGACUAAUGAGGAGCUCAGAGCCCAGCACACCCGUCCCCGACGCUCCUCUCCCCAGCCCAGCGCUCCAUCCAUUCUCCAGCUGCACCAACCGAAGGCUCACCCCAUCCUACAGUCAUCCCCGCGUACCUCCCCUCAACCCCCGCACGCAGCCACACAGCACACUCACCUACGUCAUCCCACCCAGUCUAUCUACCAGAGCCAGCAGACCACCGCUCCCAGAACGUCCCCUAACCUGACCAAACAAAAGAGCCUCCAUUCCCAGCACUCACAACAGAGCUAUGAUAGCACGCUGUCGACCAAGGUUCCCCCGCCACCACCGCCUCCUUUACCCCCACCUUGUGAUCCUCCACCUUUGCCCAAAGCCAGCCCUAAAGCCUCCGACAACAACCACAUGAGCGUGAAGAGACUGCGCUGGGAGCAGGUGGAGAACUCUGAAGGAACUAUCUGGGGACAGCUUGGAGAUGAUCCUGAUUAUCAUAAACUCAGUGACAUGGUCAAGUAUCUGGAUCUGGAUCUGUAUUUCGGCACACAGAGGAAUUCCAUCUCUCUUCCAGAGCCCACUUUCCUGCCCGAGAACUUUAAAAAGAAAGACGUGGUCGAGAUUCUAUCCCAUAAAAAGGCCUACAACGCCUCUAUCCUCAUAGCGCAUCUAAAGCUGUCCCCGAAGGAGCUGCGAGAAAUCCUCAUGACCAUGAGCACCGAGCGCCUGGAACCCGCACACAUUAAACAACUGUUGCUUUACGCUCCCGAUGACGAGGAGGUCAAACAGUUUCAGCAUUACGACCAGGACCCCGCCAAACUUAGUGACCCGGACCAGUUUGUCCUACAGAUGCUGCUAGUUCCCGAGUAUAAAACCAGACUGAGGAGUCUUCUGUUUAAGACCACUGUGCAGGAGAAAACAGAAGAAAUGAGAGGCGCUUAUGAUUGCAUAUACAAAGCCUCAUUAGAGCUCAAAAACAGCAAGAGGCUGGCCAAGAUCCUGGAGUUUGUUUUAGCAAUGGGAAAUUAUCUGAAUAAUGGUCAGCCCAAGACGAAUAAAACAACAGGAUUCAAAAUUAAUUUUCUUACUGAGCUGAACACAACAAAAACAGUUGAUGGAAAGUCGACUUUCCUCCAUAUUCUUGCCAAAUCCUUAUGCCAACACUUCCCAGAACUCCUCGACUUCGCCAGGGACCUCAUAACAGUGCCACUAGCCGCCAAAGUCAAUCAGAGGACCAUUACUGCUGAGCUCAGUGACCUUCACUCCACCAUCCAGGACAUAAGAACCGCCUGUGUGAAAAUCCCAGCUACUGCAGAGGAUUGCUUCGCAUCGGUUAUGAGUAGCUUUCUGGAAAACUGUCAUCCGGCUGUGCAGUCCCUAGACUCCUUGCAGCAAAGAGCGAUGGAUGAGUUCCACAAAGUGGCCUCCUACUUCGGAGAAGACAGCAAGACCACGACCACAGAAACCUUCUUUGGCAUCUUCGCUGAAUUUAUCUCCAAAUUUGAAAGAGCACUGAGCGAGACGCAAGGAACAGAAAACCCCAGAAGCCCCCGAAUAGCCUCGCCGCUGGCAUGGUGAAACCAACAGCAUCCGCCGUUUCUAACCCAGAACGCCCAUGUGCCAAUAAAAACAGGGAACUUGAUAGCGCGAAGGGAAAUUAACCUUACAUUAAACGUCUUAGAUGAAUGAAAAAUAUCUUUAGAAUAAAAAAUAUAUAUAUUUUAUACAGAACUUCAGUGUGUUUAUCGAGAAAGUAUAUUAAUAUAGCCUAAUACUAAUCAUUUUGAGAUAUGCAGCUGCUAGAGAAUGUAACAGGAACAUGCACACUUCAGGUGGAGAGGAUUGAUGGUAUUUUUGAUGGUAUAUUUUGGUACCGAGGUGACUGAAUCUUUUCAUGAUGGACUUACCCAUCCUCAAGCCAAAUGUAUUUUAACACACACAGAAAAGUAAAAAAAAAAAAAAAAAAAAAAAGUUUUAAAUUCUUCACAGUAUUAGUGUUUUAUUGUUGUACUCCCGUUGUGAUACGCCGAUACUAUAGCAAAACAAGAGUGCACCCUUCAUAUGUGAAGAUAAAACUAUUUUCCAAAUGAUCAUUUGUAUUUUAUUGCAAUAUUAGUUGUACAACUGAUCGGUGGUUUCAUCCCGCAUGAGAAUCCGUGGUAGGUUUUCAACUAUGAAAAGAAGAUGCUUCACAUUAUUAAACGGCAGAAGGGUACACAUAUCAUCUGUGUUCUUUUAAAAUGAGUAUGUAGCUUGUCUGAAUUUUUUUUUUAGGUACUAUUGUUUAAGAUAACCCGAUGCAUUUCUUCCUGACAUCUUCUGUUCUUGAACAAAUGCAUGAUCUUCCUUACUGCCUGUUCUUGUCAUCUUUGUGUAUUUUUCUUAGUUUCUUGUCAGAACCAAUCAACGAGGAGAACACCUACGAUUUGCAUUUGCAUGUAGCAGAGUAUUUCUAUUUAUGUAAUGUAUCCCUGUUUUGAUUGUUUCUGUAUCGAUUUGUUAUACUGAAUAUGUUUUACCAAAUUAAUUAGCUGUAAAGUAAUAUUUGUGUACAAAUUGUUGGGUGUGUUACUAACCAAGUGUUUUCCCGAGCAGUUCUAUAUCGGCUUCAAUAUUGACGGGCCACAUAUUGCUGCGUUUUAAUCAGAUGUCUAAUUUGUUUUGCCUGAAUAAAUACGCUUUUGCGGAAAUUCA